GCAUAUUAAUAUUAUUUCAUUUUUGUAAAUUUUUGAAUUGUUAAAGAAUAUAGAUAAUUGUUUUGUCUUCUCAUUGUGCACUUAAUUAGAAAAAUUAUGAUUUUUUUCAGGAUAAAUUAAUCUUGAGAAAAUAUUUAUUGUUAGCUGCAGGUGCUUUUUCUUCCCCUCGUUCUGCAUGUUUUAAUAUGCUUGAUUUGAAAUUAAAAUGCGCGUGCCUGAAGCUAAAGUAGUUAUACUUGGUGCCCAAGGAGUUGGCAAGACAAGUUUUAUACAUCGAUAUGUGGGCCAGAUAUUCCAACAGCAUACCUCUCCAACUAUUGGUGCUUCUUUUUUCACAUGUAACAUAAAUGUGGAUAGUCAUGAAAUCAAACUUUUGAUUUGGGACACUGCAGGUCAAGAGAGAUUUCGUUCAAUGGCUCCAAUGUAUUAUCGCAGAGCAAAUGCAGCAAUUUUGAUGUAUGAUAUCACUUGCUAUGAUAGUUAUGAAUCAAUGAAAUCUUGGGUCAUUGAAUUAAGGGUGCGAUUGGAAGAGCCAAUAAUUAUGUGUGUUGUUGGAAAUAAAUGUGAUAUGAAUGCAUAUCGACAAGUUGGACUGAGAGAAGCUAAUGAAUAUGCAAUUUCAAUUGGUGCCUUGUAUCAUGAAACAUCAGCCUUAAGUAGUGAAGGUGUUGAAGGAGUAUUUUUGGAUAUUGCUCAAGAACUCAUUAGACAACACAGUAUCGCUCAAAAAGAAAGUGAUACUGAUCCAUUGUUUCAGGAAGGAAGAAUCAUUCGGGUAACUUCUGGUCGUCAUGGUCAUGCAGAGGAAUCAGAUGAUGAAAAAUCUUUCUUAUGUUGUUAGAAAAUGUUCAUGAUUAGAUGCUUUUAAGGUUUUGUUUUCACCGACGAUCUACUCUAAUGAACUGCUAAUGCAUUUAUUGUACUUUUUUCAUUAGACAUUUUAAUACAUACUUCUCCUUUCUAUUGAUCAGUGAUUUCUCUUCCGGUGAAAUAAGCAGUACUUUGAAUAAUUUUUUAUGAAUGUAAAACUGAAUGAAUUAUAUUAAGCCAAAUGAAUUAUGGAAAAAAUUUAUGAACUUAUACAAAUCUGACAGGAAUGAAAUAUUUUUAUUUUAUAAACUACUUAUCACACCGAAAUUUCUUAGAACUAGUCUUGUAACCAUCAACAAAGUUAAUCAAAUAUUAUUAUAUCAUUAAUUUAAGAUAAAGUAUCUUGCAAUUUAAGGGUGUUGACUUUUCAUGCACAUUAUACUAUUGUUAAAUAUCAGCUCAAAUAUUUCUAGUCAUCAGUUAAAAUAACUACCAUUAAAAACAUAAAAGUAAUUUUUUAUCUGCUAGAAUAUUUUUAAAAUUUGAUCAUUUUUAUUUUAAAAUUUAUUAGUAUAUGAAUCUUGCAAUAUUUUUUAAACAUCUAUCAUCUCAGAUAAAAAUCAUUUUUGAGCAAAGGUUCAUGUUAAAAAAAUCUUACUUUAAUUAAAAUACUUGUAAAACUUUGAUAAUUCAUUUUCAAAGUACUGUUAAAUUACAUUGAAUUCAAAGAAAUGUAAUGACAGAAUGAUUACUUUUUAUAUAAACUCUUUGUGUGUGCAAAAUAUAGAACAAUGCAAAUUUUUCAAUGCAUGUUUUUUAAAUAUUUCUUUUAUAAUUAUCUCUAACUGAAGUUUGAUAAUAUAAUAUUUUGCAAGGCUUUCUGUGCUUUAAAGAGCAGCUAUAAAAUUUUAUAAUUAAUAAGGACAAUUUAAGAGCUUUCAUUAAAGCAUUAUUUUUUAUGUUUAUUUUCUAUAUGCAUAAAGACGUACAAUUGUUGUUUAGUUUUGGUUACUUUUUUCUUCAAGUCUGAACUAUAUGGAAUAGAUUUAUUGUAAAUUUUAAGCAUUUUCAGAAUGCAGUUUUCAUAUAUUUCCUGCAUGCAAUUUUCUGUUUUAAAAUAAAUUUUUUGUCUGAUCUUUAUUUGUGUGUUUGAAAAUUAAUGCAUAAACAUAGCUGAUCAACUGCAGCACAAUUAAAGCAUCUGCCAGUUA